AUGUCUUUUCCUCUUGCAGACUAUCUAACUCAGUUUCUACAACAGAACAAGACGAAUCUCGGUCAUAGUGAAGCAGCAAGUGGGAUAUCAGCAGUCAUCAAAGCUGUACUAGCUCUGGAACACAAAAAGAUCCCAGCAACAAUUGGACUCGAAAAACUCAACCCCAAGCUGCAUCUGGACGAAUGGAACAUGAAGGUUGUGACACAACUUACAGACUGGCCAACUCCAUUGCACCGGGCUAGUAUCAACUCUUUCGGGUAUGGUGGAGCAAACGCUCACGCCAUCCUUGACUCGGUUAAUAAUUUCUUGCCUGGAUACAACGAAUCAAGAAAUGAGCAACCUAUGGGAGAUCCAACAAGGCUUUAUGUGCUACCAUUUUCCGGUUCAACAACUCAAUCUCUCGAGGCUAGGAUCCUUGACCUUUCCAAGCGCUUCAGUCUUGGCGAGACCUACAACUUUUGUAACCUGUGUCACACUCUGGCCGAUCGACGCUCAAAACUGAGCAAGAAGGGCUUUCUUAUCACAAGCGCAGCCACAGCCAAGAACGACUUUAGGCUUGACAACUUGGUCACACCUAAAAAGGUUACGCCAAAGCUAGACUUCGGCUUCAUAUUUACCGGUCAAGGCGCACAAUGGCCUCAGAUGGGGAAAGAGCUUCUGGAGAAGUACCCAUUGUUCUCUCAAACAAUCGAUUACCUGGAUAGCGUCCUUCAGGCCCUUCCAGAAGCACCAGUAUGGACCAUCAAGAACGCCUUGCUCGAGCCGGCUGCCACGAGCAAAGUUGGCGACGCGAGCUUUUCGCAACCGCUUUGCACCGCUGUCCAGGUCGGCAUAGUUAAGCUUUUGCAAAGCUGGAACGUGGAGCCCAGCAUAGUUGCCGGUCACUCGUCUGGAGAGAUUGCUGCCGCUUAUUCUGCCGGUCUACUUACUGAAGCUCAUGCCAUCAUCAUUGCGUUCUACCGUGGCUACGUUGUAACGAAAAUUACCUCAAAAGGCUGCAUGCUCGCGGUCGGUAUGGGUGCUGAUGACGCAGAGGCCAAGAUAGACGAGAUGUCCCUUCGAGAUGAGAUAUGUGUGGCUUGCGUGAAUUCUCCGGAAAGCGUCACGAUUAGCGGAAGCGCAAAGGGUAUCGACAUCUUGGCGAGCGAACUUCAAGGUAAGAGCAUUUUUGCAAGAAAGUUGGCCACUGGAGGCAGGGCAUACCAUUCGUUCCUGAUGAAAGAAGUCGGUGAAGAGUAUGAGAGCCUUGUCAGCAAAGCUAUGACAGGAUUGCCGAUGAACACUAGUCAGGAAGAUGGCAAGGACGCCGUCAGGUUUUUUUCGAGUGUUGGCAAAGGCAGUGAUGCACUUGCCUCAUUCUCUCGUGAGACCAACAACUUCAUACGACCAGCUUAUUGGAGAGCAAAUCUGGAAAAUCCAGUGCAGUUCAGCACAGCCAUCAAGAACAUUGUCGCGACUGGAAAGUACCAUUUGCUUGAGAUUGGUCCUCAUGGGGCUCUUCAGCUUCCCAUCAAGCAAAUUCGAACCUUCCUAGGACUCCCGGAGGACGACCUGCCGUACACCUCUACCUUGGCGCGAGGCAAAGACGCUGAUAUCUGCAUGAAGACUCUCGCAGGAGAAUUGUUCUUGAGCGGGCAUGAGAUUGAUUUCCUCGAAGUCAACAACACUCAAUUCGAUGGUGACAAGCACAACGCUGCUGUAAUCAAUGACUUACCACCCUACCAUUGGAGCUAUACUCAGCUCUUGUGGAACGAACCAAGGUCAAGUGUAGACUUACGCAAUCGAAAGUAUGUUCGACAUGAACUCCUGGGAUCCGAAACUGCAGCAGCAAAUGGCAUUGAGCGCUGUUGGAGAAACAUCUUCAAGCCAUCAGAGGUCCCUUGGAUAGAUGAUCACCGGCUGGAGGUCCAGGUAGUCUUUCCCGCAGCGGGUUAUCUUGCAAUGGCAAUGGAAGCGCUUUCGCAAAUCAAGCUUCGGCAUCCUGAUCAGGAUAUCAGACCAUCGUUCACCUUCCGCAACGUCAAUAUUUCGUCGGCGCUGGUGGUCACAGAUGGUGAUCAGGAAACUGAGCUUUUCACCACGAUGUACGAAGAGAAGAUUUCCAAAGCGUCCACAUCCAGCAUCUGGUACGACUUCUCAAUAUCUUCGUUCCAAAGCGGUGCCUCGAUCUCGCACUGCGUUGGAAGCAUCAGUGUGAGCAUUGUACCAUCUGAGAAGACCGGCGCUACGACUGUCGACGCCACCAACUAUGACAAAUGGGCCAUGGGCAGAUGGUAUGAAAAGUUGGCCCAUGAAGGACUAUGCUUUGGCCCUGCUUUUCAGACUCUAACUUCCAUGAAGACUGACAAGGCGAGGGUGAAGCCUGAAGCCCUUUCAACUACCAAGUUGUUCCAGAGAGUCCCAAAAUCGACAAAGUUCCCCGGGACUUAUUAUGGUGUUCACCCACUAGUCGUUGAUGCUUGUCUCCAAGCUGCAAUCAUGGGGGGAACCGCUGGUGAUGUCGGCAAUCUCAAGGCCUUCUUGCCCGUAUUCUUCGGUCACCUGCAAAUUUCCACACCAGAUGCUGACCGAUUGGGGUCCGAAGUCUCUAUUCACUCUCAGUCCCAGACCACGGGGUUUAGCACCAAGAAGAUCAAUGUCACACUCAGAGAUGACAAAGAUGAGGUACUUAUUGACAUGUCAAACACCAGACUGUCAUUAUACGUCGGCAAGAUGGAUGAAGAGAUUGAUCCAUCCGAGGCUAAUAGGCAUCCGACCUUGCGAGUGGUCUGGAAGCCAGAUAUUACUCGUCUGGAUGAAAGUUGCAGAACAGAUUUGGAUGCCUACCUGGAGCAGUUCCUAUCUUCCCACCACACCCUUCGCGAAAAUGUGAGUUCGGGUGUGAUGGCUGGCUUGGUGGAUCUUGCCGGGCAUAAAAAUCCACGACUUCGCGUUUUGGAAGUGGGGAGAGACUGCGAUUGCAAGACUAAAGGAUUCCUUGACAUCUUGGACAACAAAUCAGAUUUCCCGCGUUCGCGGGAGUGGCACAUUGGCAGCUUCUCAGAUGGUGAAUUAGUCACUCAUCCAGCCCAUAUCCCUGACAAAGUUGAGAAGACCAAGCUCGACGGUGACAAAAUCCCUACCUACGAUAUGGUCGUGAUGCCUAAUAAGUCGACUACGGGCGAACUAUGGCAAAACAUAGCGGACAAUCUCUCAAAGGUCCUUAGCCCACAGAGUAUCUUGAUCGGCAGAAGUUCUGCUGUCGCAGGCAAGUGUCUGAAAGAGUCUGGAUGCAAGGUCUUCAACCUGGUAGGCGGCGUCAUGCUCGCUAUAACGCCUCAAAAGCCUCGGAAACUGGAGGGGAAACAGAUCAUCCUUGUCGAGCAGUCUUCGUCCCCAUCAGAUCUCUCGAAAGAGAUCAGAGCCCAUUUCGAUGGCAUUGUUGGAGCUGAAAAUGUCAAAUCUUAUUCGCUAAAGGACCUGGAAAAUCUAGAGUUGCCUCCAAAGUCUGUUACCAUCUCACUCCUGGAAUUGGAGAAGCCACUGUUGGCCGUAAUGACGCCAAAGGAGAUGGAUCUGGUGAGGAAGAUAACCGACACGACCACCGACCUCGUCUGGUUGACUGGAGCCUCUUACAUGGAUGGAUCUGCGCCGAGUUUGUCGUUGGCUAGUGGGUUGUCUCGAGCCUUGAUGCUGGAACAGCCAUCUCUUCGGUUCGUUAUCCUGGACAUCGGAGUCUCUGCACACAUGUGCAAGUCAGACCAGACCGGUAUUUGCAGCAACAUCGAUAGAGCACUUUUCGCAGAUGACGUCCCGGAUGACAAGGAGUUCGUUUUGAAGAGUGGUCUUCUACACAUCAGUCGCUUUGUGCCCGAUGCUGGUUUAAACACUCGUUUCAGCCAAAGACGGAACCAGCAACCGAGCGAGAUGACGCUCGAAGCGGCGUCCCCAGCUAAGCUUGAGAUCAAGAAAGUUGGUAUAAUGGACACCAUAUACUUUCAACAAGAGUCAGAGACCGAGAUAGAGCUUCCAGACGACCUGGUUGACAUAGACGUGAAAGCUGUCAGUCUCAAUGCAAAGGUAUGA